AGCGCUCAGUGAGUGCUGCAGCUGGACGGCAGAGCGGCUCAUGUUGCGCUGGGCAUGACGAGAUGCUGCUUGUGACAGCGGUGUCGGUGUAAUAAUGAACGCCUCCAGUAAGUGCUGGGAUGGAUGAGGAAGGUUUUCCGUCAGCGCUGGGUGGAUUAACAGUGAGCUGUUGUGCCUCCUGGCUCCGCGAUGGUGUCACCCAUGUGCGCUUUUCCCUCUGCUAUCCGGACAGGGGACACUGGCAGAGAAGUGACACACCGGCGUCGGAAUUUACACAAUUAUCAGUCUCAGAAUAGACGAGCGAGGGAGUAGAAGCACUGUCAUGGAGAAACAGAGCAGAGUCAAGAAGGAAAUGCCGACAUCGAAGGAGGAGAAGCGCAAAGAGAAGAAGCCGAAAUCUGGGAAGCUUUUUAAAAGGAAAUCGUUGAAGUCUGUAGGGAGUUUUAUGAACAGAAUCAUCAAAACUUUGGGCACUUUGACCCACUUUGGAGACGCUGACGCGCAGGACGUGGAGGACGACGAUGGGGGCUUUCGGAAUGGCGCACCUUGCACCCUCAGCGCCGGCUCGGGAAUCAUCAAAGAGGAACUAUAUGUGACUUGGGAUCGUGCAGUGAAAACCACUUCAAGCACUUCUUCUUCCCUGUGCACCGGCAGAGAAAAACUACUCUACCAAUACGCAGACAGAAUCCCAGGUGUGCAGGGGUUGAAAAACCACGGGAACACCUGUUUCAUGAACGCUGUGGUCCAGUGUCUGAGCAACACCGACCUGCUCGCAGAGUACCUGGGGCUGGAGCGAUACAAGCUGGACCUGAGUCAAACGAGAAUCAACGGGGUGGUCAAAAGUGAUGAGACGCAGCUUGCCAAGGGAGAAGUCACGGAGCAGUUGGCAUCACUUGUCAGGGCUCUGUGGACUCUGGAGUACACCCCGCAACUGUCUGUGGACUUCAAGAUUAUAGUGUCCAAGUAUGGGUCACAGUUUCGUGGUAACUCCCAACAUGACGCCCUGGAGUUCCUCCUGUGGCUGUUGGACCGCGUCCAUGAAGACGUCAACCUGGCCUCCAACAAUAACAACAACAAGACCAAAGCUCCCGGAAAGGGCCUCGGUGGAGCUGAGGAGGUGCUGUCUCCUGACCCGUCCCAGCAGCCCAGAGUCCAGCACAGCUUUGUCCAGGAACAUUUCCAGGCGCAGUACAAAUCGUCACUGACGUGCCCACACUGUAUGAAACAGAGCAACACCUUUGACCCGUUCCUCUGCAUCUCGCUCCCCAUUCCUCUUCGCCAGACCAGGUCGUUGUGUGUGAUUCUGGUGUUCAGCACCAAAGGACAGAGGUACCUGCGGGUCGGACUGGCUGUGCCUCUGUUCGGCUCUGUGGCCAGCCUGAGGAGGAUCGUGGCUGACGAGGGGAAGAUUUCCCCAGACCAGGUGAUCCUGACGGAGGUUUACUCCACAGGGUUCCACCGCUCCUUCUUUGAUGAGGAGGAUCUGACCAGCAUAGCUGAGAAUGAUGUCAUCUACGCCUUCCAGGCUCCGCCCCUGUACAUCAGAGGAGGCUCUGCACGGAUCUCAGGGUACCAUCACAGCCUCCCAUCGUCUCCGUACUCCACGGGUCCUGAGGGUCAGAGGUUACCUUCAUCCGGGACGUUGUCAUCAGAGUUCCUCAACCAUGGCGUCCCCGUAAAGAUUCUACUAUUGGUGUGCAACGCUGCAGCGACAGGCCAGCAGGAUGUUAGGUUUGGACCUCCAUUCCUGAUGCGGGAGGACCGGUCUAUUUCCUGGGACCAGCUGCAGCAGAGCAUCCUCAGCAAGCUUUAUUACCUGAUGAUCAAUGGCACUCAGGCACAGAGCACCAGAGUGCUGUUCAACAUCCGUGUGGUGGGAGGAUCAGCAUUUUACAGCUACCUGUCUCCUCAGGACGGGCGGCCGCUCUACCACCCUGCUGUUGACAGAGCUCUGAAGCUCUGCUGCUCAGGAGGACCUCCACAUGUGAAGCUCAUCAUCGAGUGGGAGCACAGAAUCAAAGACUGCCUGUUUGGUAAUAUUCAGGAGGAGGUGGUGAAGGAUGCAGAGAGCGUGAGGAACGAGCAGCAGCAGCACGUCCAACAGUACAGCUGCACCUUGGACGAGUGCUUCCAGCUCUACACCAAAGAGGAACAGCUUGCCCCGGAUGAUGCCUGGAAGUGCCCCCACUGUAAGCAGCUGCAGCAGGGCAUGGUGAAGAUGAACCUGUGGACGCUCCCGGACAUCCUCAUCCUCCACCUGAAGCGCUUCAGGCAGGUGGGAGACCGGAGGAACAAGCUCACCACGUUCGUGCAUUUCCCCCUGAUGGGCCUGGACAUGACGCCUCACAUGGUGAGCCGCAACCACGGCUCCCAUCAGCCCCCUCUCCAGCCGGGCUGGAAACAGCCCCGACGACCUGACCUGGCUCCUCCAGACUUCCUGUACGAUCUGUAUGCUGUGUGCAACCACCAUGGAGGGAUGCACGGCGGACAUUACACAGCCUUCUGCAGAAACUCAGUGGACGGCCAGUGGUACAGUUACGAUGACAGCAGUGCUGAGCCGAUGCCAGAGGCGGAGGUGUGCACACGUGGAGCCUACAUCCUCUUCUAUCAGAGAAGAAACACCAUCCCCCAUUGGUCUGCCAGCUCCUCCGUCACCGGUUCCACCAGCUCAUCCACCUCUGACCACUGGCUGGUCCGGCUGGCGGGGGACAGUAAGAGGGGCAGCGUGGUGUCAGGAGGACCCAUCACUGGGCCUCCGGAGCCCAAACAGGCUCCAGAGUCUCCUGAGCUGCCAGUGUUUGGAGAAGAACCCCCCAAAACAGUAGAAACAAAUGGGGUUAAAGCAAAGCCGUUUGUCCGUGGGAGUCAAGGCAAGAGUGUAAGCAUGAGAUCACCAACUAAGUCCAAGGAGACUCUGAGCAAGGUUCUGCCACUGCGGUGGUCUUUUGGCGCCAAGGACCACAUCAGACAGCCAGCCCAGACCCAGCCUGGAGAGCUGGUGGAGUACCUGGAGUCUGGGCGCCGCCCACGAUGUACCAAAGACCCUAUCAUAACUCUGGUGGCCACCCCUCCACUAAGGAAUGCCCAGGGAAAAGCCUUUGAAGUAGGACAGGACUGCAGCUCACCUAGCGGCAGCAGUCUCAGUUAUACAGACAGACCCGGCUCCGACACGUGUUACUCCCCCAAAAUACCAGAGGGACAGAUCAGAGCUUGUGUGGAGAGAAGCAUGAGCCAGGGAGUCGGUCGCAGCAGCAAUGUCAAAGUCAGCGAUGCUACUCUGAGGCAGAGGUCAUCGAAGAGAGCAAGGCAGGACCACGGCAGGACCCUGGACCUGCAGCUUCAGAGAGGGGCCCUUCUAGUGGGUCAUAUCAGCCACAGUGCACCUCCAAGCAGAGAUUCCACACUGAGAAGGACCAAGGUCCAGACAGGGACAGUGCCCUCCAGGGCACACAGAGACUUGUUACAGAUGGCCACUCAAGCUGAGGACAGGAGGGGGCAGAGGGGGCAGGAGGGCCGCAGCCACGACAGCCUCCUGUCUUUUUUCAAACCUGGUUUCAUGAAGAAAGACAUUCCUGGAUCACCAAUCAAGUUGCAGGACCGGCGUAUGAAUGGCCACGGACACCUUGGAAGGCUGGCGAGCAGUAAUUUAGCCAAACUGUCCCUCUCCAAUGGAACGCUGACCACAGCGGCACCAGAAGAGACGAAGGCCAAUGGUGACACCCAUAACUGCAAAGUACAGCUAGUGAACGGAAAGGCUGGGAUUCACGACCCUGUAGACAUUAAGCGUGCUCACAGCUCCAGUAACCUCCAGACAAGGCUGGAUUUGACUUUUCGCAGGUGUGCCUCCCUGCAGAGGAACGGCGAAAUAGUGGCCCCUCCAGCCCACCGCAUCCUGCUGUCAGACAAGCCCAGCUACGCCACUCUGCAGCGGACAUGAUACAGUACCACAUCCCUGGUGCCUCUGUGACAGCCCCGAAUGAGCUCUCUACUGAUGUCUACGCUCAGCGCCCAUCUAAAGCUCCCAGCAGGAGGCACACUGCAAACAAAGUACAUCUUCUCGCUCCCCUUCAUAGUACUGUUAUAAGUUCUUACCUGUGUGUGUCUUAAACUAAAUCUAUGCAGAGUUGAAUUUACUGAGGAGAAAUACUGCUGUAAGGUGAUUUUCUUUUUUCCUUUUUGUUGUUUUACAAAGCAGUCUACUGGUGAUACAUUGUUUUAUUUUGGAGUUUAUGAUCAAUAUUUGAAAAGCAGUGGGUGAUUUAGUGAAUUUGCAUUAAGCCCAUUACACUUUUAUAAAAUCAUGUUACAUGGGCUGAAGCAUGUACAAUUGUUAAACAAUGCAAAAUGAACCAACACCUGCAUUGUACAUGUUCUGAUAUAACAACAUACAUCAUUUGCUUUGUCAUUUACAAUCAUUUUCAUGUUAUAUUUCCGAUGCUCUUUCUUUCUUUUAAUUCAAAUUUCUGCGACAUGAUCAGAGCUUACAUGCUAACUGACACCGCUAAUAAAGGUACAAUUACACUGCAGCUAAAUUGGCAAAAAGCAUUUUCUUUUUCUGUGUUUCAGAUAUUGACAACAAUUAAUCUGCAACCUACAAUCCACCAUUCAUCUUCACUAGAUAAAAUAUGUAAGGGGAAUCUGUUAACUUGUGAAAACCCCUUCCCCUUCAAAUAACUUUUUUUUAUGGUUUUUGUUUGGGUUUGUUUUCUGUGGAUGAACAAAGAGUUUUGGCUCAUCAUCAAACCGCAAGUGAGAUUGUUCGUACCAAAAAUAAAUUUGAACCGCCCCCGAAGCUUACAGAGCAAUAAAAACAGCAUUUUGAUUUCCGUUCUCUUUCACUGAAGUUGGAUUUAAAGUCCUUCCGAUAAAAUGCCAACAUCAAGAGGACCAGGUACAAAAGCAAAGAUCAGUUUUCUGAUUUGGGAUUAAACCGAGGAUUCACACUGUGCACACACACAUUUUUUCUUUAUCUGCAGCCACAGGCAUGUAACGGGUCUGAAUGGGAAUCAUGCUUUUCACAUUCACAAAAACGUUAAUAAAGUAGUAAGAGCCGUCAGUCAUAAUCACCGUUUCUGUUUUAUGUAUAUUGUACGUUCAUCAAUGGGGAUUAUUAGGGAAUAUAAAAGGGAGAAUCCAGAUUUUUGCCGACACUGUAACUGUGUUCACGUCUCAUGUUGUGUCAUUUAACAUUACUGUUUAACAACACUCUUUACCAAAAUGAAAUGAAAGUAAAUGAAGGAUGUUUCUGAGACAUUAUUUGGGAAAUAUGGCUAGAUUAUAUUUUAUUAACUUUUUUAAAAGUCUACAUUUUGUACCUGAUGUGUAAUUAUGUAAUUUAAGUACCAGAUUAAAACUGUAUGUUUCAGGUUACUGUAUAAAGUCAGAUUACUACAUACUGUAAAUGGGGUUAAAUUGGACACAAUACACAGAAGUCCUUGUACUGGACUGUCGAUAAUAUCUGCUUAAUGUAGUGCAAGUUUUAUGGAUUGCCAAUUAAACACAGCUUUUCUCACAGAUGAAUGGACUGUACCUGAAUGAUUUAUGAGCAGAGUGUGCAUCUCAUCAUUCUCAUCUCCGGCUCACAUCUUGCAACAAUGGUAUUUUUCAGUAUUCAAGACAGGAGUGCUUCCUCUGA